AUGAUUGGCUGUGAGAUGAUUGGCUGUGAGAUGAUUGGCUGUGAGAUGAUUGGCUGUGAGCUGAUUGGCUGUGAGAUGAUUGGCUGUGAGCUGAUUGGCUGUGAGAUGAUUGGCUGUGAGCUGAUUGGCUGUGAGGUGAUUGGCUGUGAGAUGAUUGGCUGUGAGGUGAUUGGCUGUGAGAUGAUUGGCUGUGAGGUGAUUGGCUGUGAGGUGAUUGGCUGUGAGCUGAUUGGCUGUGAGGUGAUUGGCUGUGAGCUGAUUGGCUGUGAGGUGAUUGGCUGUGAGCUGAUUGGCUGUGAGGUGAUUGGCUGUGAGCUGAUUGGCUGUGAGAUGAUUGGCUGUGAGAUGAUUUGCUGUGAGGUGAUUGGCUGUGAGAUGAUUGGCUGUGAGCUGAUUGGCUGUGAGAUGAUUGGCUGUGAGGUGAUUGGCUGUGAGCUGAUUGGCUGUGAGAUGAUUGGCUGUGAGAUGAUUGGCUGUGAGCUGAUUGGCUGUGAGAUGAUUGGCUGUGAGAUGAUUGGCUGUGAGGUGAUUGGCUGUGAGAUGAUUGGCUGUGAGGUGAUUGGCUGUGAGAUGAUUGGCUGUGAGGUGAUUGGCUGUGAGAUGAUUGGCUGUGAGGUGAUUGGCUGUGAGGUGAUUGGCUGUGAGAUGAUUGGCUGUGAGCUGAUUGGCUGUGAGAUGAUUGGCUGUGAGAUGAUUGGCUGUGAGGUGAUUGGCUGUGAGAUGAUUGGCUGUGAGGUGAUUGGCUGUGAGAUGAUUGGCUGUGAGAUGAUUGGCUGUGAGCUGAUUGGCUGUGAGGUGAUUGGCUGUGAGAUGAUUGGCUGUGAGCUGAUUGGCUGUGAGAUGAUUGGCUGUGAGAUGAUUGGCUGUGAGGUGAUUGGCUGUGAGGUGAUUGGCUGUGAGAUGAUUGGCUGA